CUUGACGUCUUGGCAAUGGAAACUCUCCCCAGUGUCCUAAAUGCAGAUGAGAAGUCUCCAGAGUUUAAGGAUUUAUUGCCCAGUCAGACAGCCAGCUCUCUCUGCAUUAGCUCCCGGAGUGAAUCAGUUUGGACAGCUGGAAGCAAGAAUAAUUGGGAAAUCUUUCGCAAGCCCAUCAUCAUCAUGUCUACGGGUGGGGCUAUCUUCCUCUUCGGUAUAGUCAUCACUUCUUUGACAUACACUCUGAAUUUACCUUCAAACUCAAGUGUUCUUUUGACUUAUCAGAUGAGUGGGCCAGCCUUCCUUUCCCUGGGACUCAUGCUUAUGGUGUGUGGACUGGUAUGGGUACCCAUAAUUAAAAAAAAACUGAAGCAACGACAAAAGUCAGUUUUCUUUCAAAGCCUCAAGUCCUUUUUCUUGAAUCGCUGAUGGUAAUUUCACCUUCAUCUUGAUAGAGGGAAUGUAGUCUAAUGCCAAUAUCAAUGCCUCCAUCUGCAUGGUGAAAUGGUUAAAGAAAACAAAUCCAGUAAAAGUCUGUUCUCACUUUUUGGAGAAGAAAGGACCUUCAUUUCUUCAUAGGACUCCCAAUUUGUUACCAUACAGAUCUAGAAACUAAGCAUUGCUGGAUUAUGCCUCAAGUAUCAUCUAUUUAAUAUUUCUAUUAUCAUUGAUGCUCAAAACACCUCCUCUCAGCAAGCACCAUCCCUUAUCACCUUCAUCCUUUUUUUGUGUGUGUGCUUCAUCUCAAUAACCUUCUCCUUCAUGAGCCAUAUACCUGGGCAAACUGAACUCCAAAGAGAAGCUUUUUUCACAUUCUUAAUUGCCAGAGUGGGAUAGACAGAAUCCCCAUACCAGCCUUUGAACUUCGACUUCCAGAUAGAGAAGACUGGGCAACACAUCUUUCAGACUUGGGGUUUGACAUCUAACCCCACUCCCAUCAACUCCCUUGAAGAACUGAGAGUAGACCAGAUGGUCUUGUUACUAAUGACACCUUUAAAUAUUCCAAAUAUUAAAAGGGAGGAUGUCUAAACAUAUAGGUAAAUUCAUGAGAUAAAUAGGUCACUGCAUAGGAACACAAUCUAAAUAGAUGAAGUAUCCACAAGUCUUACAAUAUUUGUGCUGGGGCCAACAUUCUUUCUUGACAGCCUGUCUUUUUUUUUCCCCUCUCUCUCUUUUCUGCAUUCAAUGAGUAAUUAUUGUGUGAUACUACCAACAAAUAUAUAAUACCCUAACUCUCCAAACUUUUCUAGGAAAAGAACCAUAUCCCAGUCCUGAGCUGGGCUUCUUUGAUAUCAGUUUUCUUUGCCCUCUGUAAGUCAAAAUUAAAAACCAAAAAGAUAAAGUGCCAUACAAAAAGAAUCUGAAUCUUUCAAAGCAGUAAUGCACUUCCCAAAAUUUUAUCAAUAGUUAAUUCUCUCUGAGAUGAGAAUUUCUUAACCAAAAGGAAACUGGAAACUAUUUGUGGCACAUGUACAUUUUUCCUACACCACCCACUCCAUGUCCUUCCUCCAAAAUGUCUUACUACCCUUUCUCCACAGGACCUUUAAUUAUAUGUUUGCUUGCCAUGAUUAGUUCUCCAAGUGCCUUAUAACUGCUUCCUGGAGACUCAGGAUGAGGACUCCAAGAAUGCUGAUAAAGGAACUGGAGACUUGUUUCUUCAAAUUCUUUAGAGAGGUUUGGGGAUAAUAUGUAAUAAUUCUAGGCAUAUCUUCCAUCCUCCUCAACAUAGAGCCAUAGGAAAGGGUCACCCCCAAGUGUUUGGACUUCUCUUUUGACUUCCUAAGAACCACAGUGGCUUAAUAGGCAAAAGCCAAGGUUAAUCUAUAAGAGUAAGGUUUCCACUGUCUUACCAAUGGUCCCUUAUGGAAAUUUUCUCUCUCCUGAGAGAAAUCUGGUGAGUGGGGAGAGGGGAGGUUACAGAAUAUUGGAGCUAAGUCAUCUCUUGACUUUUAAAGAUGAGGACUGGAAAAGGAAAACAAAUCAUCAAAGGUCACAAACCAAAGUGAUGAUUCUUAUGUAUCUGUCAUCAGUUGGGUGGCAACUGUCUCUGCUUGGUUUUAGCAGUGUUUGAGCUCUAUCAAUAUAUGAUCUCAUUUGUCUUUAAAAAUUUCUGCCUCAAUCCUAAAUAAUUUCUCUUUCACUAGUUUCAGCAGCCCAGAAUGGUACAGAAGGAGCACUCAGGUAAAUCAGAGGAUCUAAGUUUAAAAUCUGUCUCUACCUCCUUGCUACUUCUAUAAUAUUGGGCUAAUUACUUAACUUUUAUCUUAAAAAUGAGAGUAUUGGAUUGCUUAAGUCCCUACCAGUUCAUAUAAUCUUUACCCUUUCUUUAGUCUAUUUGCAGUAUCAAAUGCAAAGACACAGUUUGCAUUUGAAAAUGCAAAUGUCAGCUCCACUCUGAGGCCCUCGAAAAGACACAGGAAUGGGAAGGAAUUCCAUGCAAUAGGGAGGGAGCUAUUCUUCUCUGUGUCAAACUUCUGCUAAUAUUUUGAUAUGGUAAACCUGUGUGACCUUCACAAGAUCUAGUGCAAUUUUUAUUUAAGUGGAUAGUAGUAUAGAUAAUUUUCUCUAAAUACUUUGAUUAACAUGUGUCCCAAGGCCUCCAGCUGUUUUCCAUUCUUUUUUGCUUCUAAACGUUCCCUCUCUCUUCCUAAGUGACCACAAAAUAGAAUAGAAUGUGACUGUGAGUUACAGAGAUGACAAGUUCAUUCCGAGGGAAAACAGCCUAAUGCUGCUGGCCAAGGAUCCCAAAAUAUUGAAUGAUGAAUAAUAAAUUUCUGAAAAAUGAGAAGCAGCUCAAAUAUAGUGUUGCAUUUAAGAAAGAAAAAAUUUCAUUUACAAUUUACCUCCUUUGUAAUAUUGAAGAGAAGGGGCAAGAUUAGUAUCAGUGUUUUCUAUUCUAUUAUAUCGGCUUUUAUAAUAUACUAUUACUAUAUUUGGGGAAAAGUUGAUUUUAUCUGUGGCCUAUCCAUAUCUAAUAAUGAGAUUUGCUGUAUUUUCAUUUCAUUAUAUUAAUAAUUCUGCUACAUCUUACUAAUUUCUCUUCCCAAAAAUGCCAUCUUCUUUUCCUUACCUUUCCUCUUCAAAUCUUCUCUAACGUAUUUAGCAUGAAGAUCUUUCAACUCAAUAUGAUUGAAGAAAGCAGGGCUUUACUGAGUCGGAUGCAUGGAUUCUUGGGUGCAAUUCAGGGAUUUCAUCUAGUCCAACCCCUACAUGAUACAAAAAUGUCUUCCAUGCAAUUUCCAGUUUUGUCAGUUGGUUUCUGAAUAACAAGCUCUAAUGAUGACCAACCCUCUAUCUUUCAAGGCAACUGAGACCAUUGUUAGAUAAUUCCAAUUGUUAGAAAGUUUUUUUUACUGAUGAAAACUCUAUCACUUUAUAACUUUUACUCACUGAUUCUAGUUUUGCCUUUAAGAAUGCACUAGAAUAAAUCUGAUUUUUUAUGGGUCUGACUCCUAGCUAUCUCCUUCUACUUCUCUAUUACCUUCUAUAGGACAACAGAGAGUUAAGCUUUGACCAGCAUUUAGAAGAGCAAAAUGAGGAAGACUAGGGAAAUAUCAUAGUAUAAAAAGACCACUGGACUAUAAAGGAAUCUAGAUUUAAUUUCCAUCUCUUCUAUUAAACAAACUUUGAACUUUGAUAGAUCACUUAACUCUGAACCCUAGUUGCCUCAUCUCCUAAAUGGUGUUUUUUUCUUUACUGUAGUUAGAAUGGACUAUGUUUUGAGGCCUCUUUACCUUCAAGUCUACCACACUGAAAUUCUAAUUUUAGAAUCAUUCCUUUAAUAAUAAAGUCAUUGUCUCUGAACAAAAUAAAAAUCUCUUAAGUAAUGAAUAGAUGGAAUUAUUAUCAAUGUCGUAAUAUUUUAUUAUGUAUUAUUUUACUUGCUUUUUUCCAAAAGAGAACUCUCUGGGAGCUAGUUUUGAAAAGGUUAAAAAAAGUUCAAAGAAAGAAGCACACUAUGUAAGAAAGAAUAGACCAGAGUAUGAGGUAUAGAGCAACAGAAGAACAAAAAAAUGCCAAAAUGGGAAAGGAGCCCUAUAUAGUGAAGAAAGGAUGAAAGGGUACUCUUUCACUGUUUUCCUCUGAUUGACUGAGGUCCCUAGCCCUCUAUCUUCAGUGUUUCAGAAACAAUCCUUCCACUAUUCCAUGACAAGAGGUUAACCACACCCCUUUUACAUAGAAACAUUAGUCAAUUCAUUAAUCAACAAAUAUUUAUCAAAUAUCUGCAAUAUGAUCAAAAUUGUUUAAGGAUGCUCUGAUUGUUAAUAUCAAACAAGGAAUAAAAUGGGCAUAUAUGCUAUAUAUCUGUCAUGGGCACUAAACUCUGUUAUGGUAAAAAUCCAAGACAGACUGAAUUGAAAAGAGAUUAUCCAUUGAUUAUAAGGUUGUUUGUAUGCUUUAUUUUGUGAAUGACAUUGAGCUUGUUACAUUAAGGCCUCUGAUAUUGAAGAGCCUCCUGGAUUUGAUACACAAGAACAUAAUUUAUGUAAUUAUUCAUACAGAAAAAAAAAAAAACAAUUGGGUGAAGACUGCCUAUUGUUCUAACAAAACUGCAUAGCUACAUGGACAACCUUAGAGCUCAUCUAUUAGAUACAUCAGACAGACAUUUGACAUGUCUAUUUGUCUAUAUGUCAAAUUGACAUGUCUAUUCAUUUAUCUUUUUUGAAGAAUAGACAGUAAGUUGGACCCAGGAGGAAGAGAUUGUUUUGGAGAAAUUAUAAAGCUCUUUUAAUGAUCUCAAACUGCUCCCUGAAACACAGAUUCUCCUUUUGAAUGCCAAUAUUCUAACAGUACAGUAUGACUGUAAAUCACAGGACACAGAACCAAGCUGAGGUCUGACUUUCUUAGCCACACAUUGAAACAAUACUUAUAAUUUUCUUCAUGUUUUCUAUUUCAAUUUCAGGAGGUACCUUACCAAUCCUUAUUUUUUGAAGAGCAGUUCUUGGCCUGUUGUAAAUCCUAGUUCUCAAUAAAGUCAUUCCUUUUAUAUUUUA